GAGGCCUGUUUCUUUACCUGUGGGGAGAGUUUAAGCAGCAAAGGGAACACCUAUCUUACUAACUCACUGUUCGACUACAGAAGUCCAGAAAAUAAUGGAAUUCGAGCAGAAUUUAUAUUAGACUCUUCUUCCCAUAAGGAGACAUACACAGAGAUAGCCGGAAUGCAGAGGUUUGGGGCAUUCUACAUGGAUUACCUGUACACAAUGGAGUGUACUAGUGGCAAAGGGUCUGUAAGCCAGCAAGAAUUCCCCACAUUGAAGCCAGAAGAGAUCAGCAAUAUGAAAGAGAUGUCCAUAAAGAGGCUUGUGAUU